AGUAAAAAAAAUUAAAAAUCCAGUGAGAUAACACAAUAUUAGAGAGAAAAUAUCCUACUAUUAAGUCAAUUGAUUAAGAAGAAUGAAAGUUCAUAAGAAGAAUAAUAAGGUUAUACCUGUGCCAAAAAAGGAAUACUCGAACGGGGCGAUCGGGAUUGAUCUAGGUGCUACGUACUCUUGUGUGGGUGUAUGGCAAAAUGGUGGUGUUAAGAUUGUUCCUAAUAACAAAGGCAACGGAACCACACCAUCCUGUGUCUCUUUCACCAAUGGCGACCCCCUCGUUGGUGAUUCGGCCAAGGCUCGAAUGGGUUCACACCCUACUAGCACCGUCUACGGUGUAAAAAGGCUGAUUGGAAGGAAAUAUAGUGAUCCAGUAGUAGGUUUGUACAAGAGAUUCUGGCCGUUUAAGGUUGUUAAUCAUCAGUCGAAGCCUAUGAUCAUCGCGGUCACCUACAAUGACGAAGAGGUGCAGUUUUCUGCAGAGGAUAUCUCUGCUAUGGUGCUAAAGAAGUUGAAGGAGAAUGCAGAGUCUUAUCUUGGCUCGAAAGUAACAAGCGCGGUUAUAACUGUCCCGGCAGACUUUAAUGUGUCACAAAGGCAGGCAACCAAAUCCGCUGGGGAGCUUGCAGGACUUGAGGGUAUUCGUCUUAUCAAUGAGCCAGUUGCAGCUGCAGUCGCGUAUGCUUUUAACAGAAAAAAGCAGGACAUAAGGUUGUCUGGGCAUACUGUUGUGGUGUUUGACUUUGGCGGGGACUGUCUUGAUGUGUCAAUGGUUAGUAUAUGCUCGAAUAAAUUCGAGGUCAUGGCUACCAAAGGUGAAGCUUGCAUAGGUGGAGAUGAUAUUGACAAAGGACUGUUGGAGCACUUUAUGGAAGUGUUUCGAAGGAAGCAUGGUAAGAACAUGAGUCAGAAUGCUAGGGCUGUUGCGAGGUUGAGAGCUGCGUGUGAGCGAGCUAAGAGAGUGCUGUCAUGGGCUCUUGUGACUACAAUUGAAAUUGAUUGUCUCUUCGAGAACACUGAUUUCUAUUCUCUUGUAAGUCGUCGACUUCUUGAGAAGUUGAGUAUGAAUGUGUUCAAAAGGAGUAUAGAUUGUGUGGCUAAGUGUAUGGAAAAAAGUUGUACAGAAUUGAACGAUGUUAACUCUGUUAUACUUGUUGGUGGAUCGUCUAAGAUUCCGAAAGUGCAGCAAAUGUUGCAGGACUAUUUUAAGGAUGUUAAGCUCUUUAAAGACAUUAACCCUGAUGAAGUAGUUGCUUAUGGAGCAACAAUCAUCUCCGAAAUGCUGGCUACUAAGCGAAACGCUAUAAGAUCUGAGGUGGUUGAUUUAGUCCCAACAAGUCUCGGUAUUGAGGUUUAUGGUGAAAAAAUGAGUGUAAUGGUUUCAAAGAAUGCAAGUUUACCAAUCGAGGUGUCUAAGGUGUACACAACUGUCUUCGACAAUCAGAAAGCUGCAAAAUUCGCGGUGUAUGAAGGUGAGAAAUACAUGAUCAAGGAUAACAAUUUCUUAGGCAAGUUUAUUCUCACUGACCUUCCUAAAGCACCUGCAAAAGAGCCUAAAUUCGAUGUUACUUUUACUAUGAAUAGCUCCGGUAUCCUGACCAUGUCAUCCAAGCUUAGAGGUACCAUCAAUAGAAAAGAAAUCGCUCUUGCUAGUAGUGAAAGCACGAGUCACGUAAUCCAACUCGAAAGGAUGGUUGCUGAUGCAAAGAGGAAUAAGAGUGAGGAUGUAUCAUAUGAUGUUGUGAAGGUGAACAUGUUCAAUCAUAGCUUAAAGGUGUAUGCAAGUGUAACGUUGAAGUGUAUUCGUAAGAAGUUGAAGCAGAUUCGCUUCCUCAACUGUUUCGAUAUUCGAGAUUGAUCGAUCAGGGUAGUAUGAGAGUCUUCCUUUGAUGAACUAUAUCGAUCUGCAGGGUGAAUAAUAGUUUGAUUAGUUUUCGACAUUAGUAUUUUUUUAUGUUGUUUUUCAAUUUGUUUUUGUUAUAUCUUGUAGAUUUUACCUAUUGCAUUUGUUUGUUUAUGUUGGUGUUUCAUUUUGUAGCAUGUAUCGUUUUGCAUAGUUGGAUAAAAUUUGCUUUGUAAGCAAUCGAGUAAGCUAAGGAAUUCCUUUCUAUGCUUUUUUUUUUUUUUUUAUAUUUUUUUUUUCAUUU